AUGCCAAGAUCUUUCCUGGUUAAAAAGGUCAAACUUGACGAUUUCUCCUCGGCGGAUCUCGAGAACUCCUACGGCAGGUCGCGGACAGACUUCAGCUCCCGGAUCCAUGACAAGGGUAAGGACGGGGGCGGGUGGGCAGAGGACCCUAACCCAGCAGUGGAGGGGAGGGGGGGAGAGAAAGAGGAACGGGGCCCCCACCGAGACAGGGAUUGGGGGACUCGAGGCUGUGGCGGUGCGGGGGGGGCGGUCAACGGUGCUUCAACCGUGCCAAUGCGCAGCAGAAACUCUGGGCAGCAACAGCAGAGCCACCGGGGGGGGGGAGGUUGUCCCCCUGGUGAGCGCUCUCACGGCACCGGGGGAGGCAGAGCGCCAGGGCUCAAGCGAGUCCCGGUAUGCGGCGCCUUUCCUGGAAUGCUUUUGCAGUCCCGGCGGCCGCGGCAGCAGCAACAUCAGCAUCAGCGAAGGGCCAUAUUGAGCGGGUCUCGCGCCUCGCUCGGCGCUGUGUUGACUGACUCGGCACAUUUCGAUGCAAUCCAAACCCUGCUAAAAUUAGACCUUGCAGGGACGGAGGCGGGUGGGCGAGCCUUUUCCAUGAUGGGGCAAGGGCGCGCGGGCGGGGGGGGGGUGGAGAGAGCGGGGAGGGAGGAGGAGGAAGAGGAGAGGAGCCCCAUUGGAUUGCAGUUCCUUGUGAGAGAGGCCCUUUUGUCUCGCGCUCAAGUUCAAGGGCAACCGAACCCCCUCUCCCCCCCCCACACGCAUCCCAAGAGUCUUUCCCCCGGGGGAGGGCCCUUCAGCGGGACUCCGCAUAAUCUUCCCUGUCUAUGCGUGGCUCCAAACGAGGGGAUGUUUCUCCCCCUCCGGCUGGGGCUUCCUGGUGACCCCCGCUUUCCCCCCCUCCCCGCUUUUGUUCCGGGCAAUCCGUCUGCAGCGUGUUGCAUAAUCGCCGGAAUUCUGCUGAAGUGGUUCGAGAGAGAGGAAAGGGGGGGAGGGGGGAAUUAGCCUCCCCCUCCGCAACCCCCCCUCCCCGCGCGCCUUUCUCCUUUGGUCUCCUGCAGAGCGCUGACCUUGAGAGAGAGGAGAGGAUCGCGGGUGGGGUGGGGGGAGGGGAAUGGAGAUAAAAAGGAUGCCCCUCUCCUCCCCGCACAUCUCUCUCUCUCUCCCCCCCCCCCCUCAAUUCCUGCCAGGCAGUUAUCUGGCCGAGGCAGCCGCAGGUGAAAGGGCCGGGAAAUGGCCCGGAAUGAUGGAGAGGAAGAUGAGGGGAAGGAGGUUCAUCAAGCGCCGCGGAGAUUAGCAUGACAGAGGAGCCGCUUGGCCGGGGGGAGCGGGGGGGGGAGAGGGAGGGAGGGGGCUCCUCCGGGCUCCAGCUUGUUGCAUCUAUUAACUAGAGAGCUCUCGAGCCGAGCUGCCGAGCCCAUCAAUUAUGGACUCAUCAGAGUCGCCGGGCUGGGCUCGCUCUGCUCCGGCCUGGGAGACUCGCUGCUGAACCCACGCCGCUCUCUCUCUUCCGACCUCCCUCCCUGGCCUUCCUCCUGCCCCCCUCUUCCUCUUCCUCCCGUCUUCUGUACCCAUCUUGUCCCUUCUUUGCGUGUCACUCUCUUCCCCCCUCCCGCCCCCAAACCGAUCUCUCCUUCUCCAUGUGUGUCCUUUCCAAUUCUCCCCACGGCCACCCCCCACUCCUUUCCCCCUCGCAACUCAUCCCUUACACUCCCCCCUUCAAAACCUCACGUGGCCCCCUCCCUCGCCCCCAAUUCAUUCCUUUCCCCCCCUAAUUUCUCUUUUGCUCUCCACCUCUCCCUCCGUCCCCCUCGGAAAACCUUCUCUCUCCCGUUCCCCUCGACUCGCGCCUUUCCCCCUGGAAACCCCCCACACCGCCCCCUCUCCCCCCAACUCAUUCCCCUCCCCUCUCCUGCUCCGUCCCCUUCUCCCCCACCCCCCUGUGCCCCCCUUCCCCACCCCCACCCCUCCUCAGGAGGCUACAUCAGCGAGUACAUCUCCCCGUCGUCGGUGUACGAGGGCGAGAGCGACGGCGGGCUCAAGGUCCCUUCGCCGACGGGCGUCAUCUACCCCGGCAGCCACGGCGACUACGGCGCGCCCGACUCGGACCCGCCGGACAGCCCCCACUCGGAGUUGGCCGGCGGCUACAUCAACGGCGACGCGGCGGUGAGCGAGGGCUACGCCGUCGAUGCCUUCUUCAUCACCGACGGCCGCUCGCGCCGCAAGGCGGCGGUGGUGGGCGGCGGCGGCGGCGGCGGGGCGGCGGGCUCCCGGCUGGGCCAGGCUCCGCAGCAGUCCGGCCCGCAGGGCGGCCCUCCUCUUGCUCCGCAGCAGCAGCAGCAGCAGCAGCGGCACACGUGCAGCGAGUGCGGCAAGACGUACGCCACGUCGUCCAACCUGAGCCGCCACAAGCAGACGCACCGCAGCCUGGACAGCAAGAUGGCCAAGAAGUGUCCCACGUGCGGGAAGGUGUACGUGUCCAUGCCGGCCAUGGCCAUGCACCUCCUGACGCACGACCUCAAGCACAAGUGCGACGUGUGCGGCAAGGCCUUCAGCCGGCCCUGGCUGCUGCAGGGCCACAUGCGCUCGCACACGGGCGAGAAGCCCUUCGGCUGCGCCCACUGCGGCAAGGCCUUCGCCGACCGCUCCAACCUGCGCGCCCACAUGCAGACUCACUCAGCCUUCAAGCACUUCAAGUGCAAACGCUGCAACAAGACCUUCGCCCUCAAGUCCUACCUGAACAAGCACUACGAGUCCGCCUGCUUCAAGGGCGCCGUCCCGCCCCCGCUCAGCCCCCUCGACGCCUGA